UGCAUUGCGGAGGUGGACAGAAUAGUGGUGAAAGAGUGAAGAUAUUGGUUAACUCGUUUUCUAUGAUUUUAUUGGAGUUUUCAUUAAUUUAUGGUUAAAUUGUGAGUGAUAGGCUAACCCUUUCACUCUUUCAGUCUUCAGUAUCAUUAUAAACAGUCUACUGUGUCUUUCAUAACUUCUAAUUAAUUUUAAGGUUCGCUUAUAAACUCAGUCCUCUCGUUUUCUAUGCUUUUAUUCGAGUUUCCGUCAAUUUAAAGGUUUAAUUAUAAGUGAUAGGCUAUUUGGCGCGGGGAACCGACUCCCUCUCUCUCUCUCUCUCUCUCUCUCUUAACACCUCACAGUGCUUCAAGUGACAUAUUUUCAUUUGUAUUCGCUUAUAAAGUCAAUGUACCCUCGCAUUUCCUGCCAUAUAAUUAAAGUAUCCGGUUGUACCCCAUGGUGAGGGUCCGCUUGUUUCCACCUCCUUCACCGAGGGAGGGAGGCAGACUGCUCCAGGCGUUUUGGGAUUUUUUUUUAUUUAUUUAUUAUUUUUUAUUGUCUUCCUCAGUGUACCUGGGAAACACCGUGCAGUGCGGAUGUGUGUGUGUGUCCUCUUUUCAUUUAAACACCAGGGAACGGGACCACAGAGGCACAGGAGGUCAAUUAAGCUGUUUUCAUGCAUAGAGAAGAAUAGAAAGAGGAGGAAAGAAGGAGAAAUGAAGAAGGAGGAGGAAGAAGAAGGAAGGGAAGGAGGAAGAGGAGAAGGAAAAGAAGAAAUAUUAAGAAGACAAUAUUUUCACUGAAUUUCCAGCGUUUUAAAGAGGAGAAAGGGGAAGAAAGGAGGAUGAGGGUGAGGAAGACGAGGAAGAGGAAGAGGAUUAAAUUUAUUGCAUUUUUCUUAGACAGUCCUCAGGAUGUCAACAUUGUAUAAUGGUACAGUGUUGAGGCAGGGACGGUCGCGUUAUAAUUCACUAAUUGAGGUUACUUUUGAUAAAUAAACAACUAGUACGGAGUCUUUUAAGUAUUUUACAUUAUCUUAUACCGGAAAAUAUUAAGGAAAAGUGGCGUAAAUAAGAAAAAAAAGGCAAACAUUAGAGAUGUGGGAUUUUAUAACUUGUGGCAUCUUAAAAUACUAGUAUAAGAUAAACCCUAUGCAAAACGAACAAUAUAACCUUUAUUAAUCAUCAUAACCUAGAAAACCGAUAAAUAUAUAUAUAAAAACCAGUGUAAUUAGUAAAAAACAAAAAAAAAACUGUCCCUGGGAAGUGAGACGGCCCACAGAGUCGCGCCAAAAACGUGGAUCUACAGGCCAGGCAUCUUAUGUUUAACCAGGUGUACAAGGUGCUGGCUUUCAAGGGCUCCUCCACACCUACAGACACACGCACACACCACCAGAUACAGGAAGAAUUAAUUGAUGAGCUACAGAACUACAGCAUCGUUCAGGUGGCAGCCGGAGACCAGCACUCUCUUGCUCUCACCUCCUGGGGCCUGGCCAUAAACAGUGCACAUGCGGGACUGAGUCACUCGGUAAACACAGUGCAGCGGGCCGCGGGUGGCGCCAAGCAGUGCGCUGUGGUGGCCAGGGGACAGAGUAUGCCUUGUGCGGGAAUUUUAAUCGAUUUUAUCUACGCACGGGGUGACAAUGGGUACGGUGAGCUUGGCGUCAACUCCUGCGACAGUCACACCGCCACACGCAAGCUUGUCAAGAGUCUGGCCAGGAAGGUGACAGUGCAGCUGGCCUGUGACGCCAACCACACCCUUGCCUUGACUGCUGAUGGUGACAAAAUACCUUGGGCCAGUUGGCACUUAGACACUGACAGGGGCCCCAGAAGGACCCUGCCCUGGUGACCUCCUUGGCUGGCACCCUCUUAGUCCUGCUGGCCGCUGCGGGUCACCACUCUGCUGCCGUGACCCAGGCCGGCUACCUGCUGUUGUGGGGGUCAAACAAGCAGGGUCAACUGGGCUAUACUCCCAAGGGUGAUCCUCUUGUUAGUGACACCCCAGCGUUGGUGCCAAAUUUUGCCUGUUAUUCUGAACCAAUUGGGUAUGUGGCACUUGGGGAGAGCCACACAGCGGCACUCGACUCUUUAGGGAAGCCUCUCCCUUGGCCAAGUCAGCACCGAGGCAGAGUUGAUUGAUAUACAGGUGUGAAUUCAGCUGCCUCUUCGCUGUUCCCGUUGCCAGGAUACCAUGUGAUCGAGGCAGUGUUGGGGAAGGUGAAAUUAUCCAUCAGGUGUGACGUGUGCUGCUUCACUCCAUCCCAUGAACAGUUGCCCACAGCAAUCUCUACCACAUCAGGCCUGACAUACUUCAUUGUGAUCAGGGAGUCAAGUUUCAUCAGGAAGAGAGGCUGUGUCACUACCUGUAAGCCUGACGAGGUGUUAGUUAAGUCAAGGAGCGUCAUCAGGAAGAGGGGCCGAGUCUUGCUACCUGUAAGCCUGACAAGAGGAGUCAAGGAAUUUUUCAUUGCAAUCAAGGAAGAGUCAAGUUGUAAGAAGAUUGUAAGGCAAGAAUUUUAAGCAGGAAUAAUUGUCAAGCAGUUAACAGCAGGAAGAAUGCAGCGAGAAAAGGGUACAAGAGUUUUCAAGUAAGAAGAUUGUAAGGCAAGAAUUUUAAGCAGGAAAAAGUAAGGUAAGAAUUUUAAGGAAUAAUUGUCAAGCACUUAACAGCAGGAAGAAUGCAGCGAGAAAAGGGUACAAGAGUUUUCAAGUAAGAAGAUUGUAAGGCAAGAAUUUUGAGCAGGAAGGAUAUUGUUAAGCAGUUUAGCAGCAGGAAGAGUCCCUUCAAGCUGUUGGUGGGAGUGACAAGCAUCCUUCAGGACUUGCAAAGGCUGAAGUCCUCAACACUAGUCUCACUCAAGUUGACACAGGAGCUCUCUGACACAAGGAAAACAAAUCAUUUAUCCUAUUGUGUAUUUAUUAAACUUUUGUGAUUAAACAAUAUAUAUAUUA